AAUGCGCAUUUCAGCCAUUGGCUGAUGACCGCCAGAGAAUCAAAGUUCUCUUCGCUCUUAUCUUCGUACAUCAGUAUCGUUGGCUGAAGAAGACGCAGAAAGUAUAAAGAAAUUUUUUUACUCUGACUGGGGCUUGAAAGAACAAGAAUUGACACUCACUCCGGAUAAAAGGACGAUAUGGAUCUUAUUGUAGGAGUCUUUCGACGCAUCUUUGGUUCCCAAGACGAACGUCGUGAUGACAAUGAUGAUCAUAACGUUCGGAACAGGAAUCCGGUACACGAAAAUCUUCGAGCGAAUACAACAACCGCACCCAAUUUUCCAAGGGCACGGGUGACGCCGAGUAUUCCAUUUUAUCAACCAAAUGUUGGCGAUUCACCUACAACUAAUCCACAACAUAGUCAGAGGAAGCCAUUGGAAAGAACUAAUGACCUUCAUCAGAAUUCAACAAGUCGUUCUAGUCCAUUGCCACCUACAUAUCCUUAUAGACCACCUCAAUCUUCAUCUAAACCACCCCAAUAUUAUUCUACUCCAUCUCCUUCAUCCUCUAAAUCCGCAACAUCUUCAUCUAAACCGCCUCCAUCUUUCCCCAAUGCAUUGUCAUCUUCCUCCAAACCACACCAGUCUAUAUCAAAACUGUCUCCAGCUUCGUCUUCCCUUAAAGACCCAACGUAUUCUUCUAAAUCUUUUGCAUCUUCAUCUAAUCUGCCUCCCUCUUCUUUUAGUCCAUCUUCUAAAUCGUUUGCAUCUUCCCCCAACACCCCUAACCCCCCACCAGAUUCUUCUCCAACUUACUCUAAGCCACAUCCAUCUUCACCUUCACUAGCCCCAUCUUCAUCUAAGCCACUCCAGUCAUCCCCGAAACCCGUGUCUUCACAUAAACCAUCUCUAUCUUCCCCUAAAGGACUUCCAUCUUCCUCUGGACCAUCGGCAUUUCCCCACAAUGGAACUCCUCCUUCCUCUUCACAAACUCCGGCCUUUAAGCCGAUUCUUUAUAUGGCUCCAUCUGAUGUAGUAAAUGAAGAAAGUAAGAUGAGUUAUGUAUUGGGAAAAGGUACAUCACCUAUAUAUGCAAUUCCUGAGGAUAUCAAAGAUCUAAUCAAGAAAGACAUCGUGCCUACAGUUCUAAAGCAGCCUUUGUCUCCUUCAACUUAUAAGCGUUACUUUGCUGCUCUGUUAUAUGCCGAGGAUUACUACCUGGAGAAAUGGAGUAAUUUCCAAUUGAAGAACGUGAUUUUGGAGUUGCAUGAAGCAGAAAUUAUAAAAAGGUCAAACCAGCACAAAUAUUAUAACAGAAGUGUUGAGAAGGAUGAUAAAAUCUUUGUGGUAUUUAAGUUUGAUUCCAUUCCUGAGAAGCGGCCAUUCCUUUUAUCAAGAGACUUGGUCUAUGCACGACCUUCGGGUAAAAAUGUCGAGCCGUUUCGGGGUGUCAUCUAUCGCGUGGUGAAGAGCACUCAUGUACUAGUCGAAUUUGGAGAUGAUUUCCAUUCACAGCAUCAUUCGACCGGCAAAUAUGACAUUAGCUUCUCAUUCAACAGAGUCUGUCUAAAAAGGGCUCACCAGGCAGUUGAAGCUGCAUCAGAUCCUUUGUUCCAGAACAUCCUCUUUCCUGACUGCAUCUCCCGAGAGAACAUCCUUAACCCACCAGCUCAGUUGUCUGCCUAUCGGGAGCUUGGUAUAGAUGAGUUUGCUGCCGUUCAUCACAUUUUAAGCUUUCGCGGCUCCCCACCUUAUCUUCUUGGGGGCUCACUCAGUGUAACUAGAGCAGGUAAGUCUGUAACUGAAGAAACCAGAUCAGUAUCAAGAACUGGAGUGGUUGUUCGAGAAGCAGUAUUUGAAGCAUAUAAAACCUCCCCAAAUAAUCGAAUUCUUGUAUGUGCUCCUAUAAACAGCACAUGUGACGUGUUGAACAGAAGUCUGAAGAAGAAGAUCCCAGAGUCGGAUAUGUUUCGAGCCAACGCCGCAUUUCGAGAGAUAGACGGGGUUCCUACUGACAUUCUUAGCUCAUGUCCUAUUGAAGGGGAAUGUUUUGCUUGUCCUUCACUCCCGCAACUUCAGAGAUUCAGGAUAAUUCUCUCGACUUUUGUGAGUAGCUUUCGAUUGCACAAUGAAGGCAUAGCUGCCGGACAUUUUAGUCAUAUUUUUCUAGUGGAUGCCUCAUCAGCCACGGAGCCGGAGGUAAUGGUAGCUUUGUCUAAUUUUGCUGACGAUAAUACAGCAGUUAUAGUUACGGGUGCACCCAGAGACCAUUCAGGUUGGGUCCGCUCUGAAGUGGGUAGGAAAUAUGGAUUGAGGAAGUCAUAUUUUGAAAGACUUCAUGAACUCAGGCCAUAUAGGAGCACCAAUCCAAAGUUCAUCACAAAGCUAGAUGCCUUCGGCCGAUAGUCAGGUACGUACUGUUCUUGUGUGAACAGCAAUAUGCACUUGUGUACCUACAUCCUCUCAUCUUCCUUGCCGUCUACUUGUGUCUUUUGUUUCUGCUUCGCCAUCCAAGCUGUAUGUAUAUUCUAUAACUUCUAACUGCUAAGAACUCCUAUGCUUGUUGGUUUUUA